AUGCCUCUUAAGCCGGAGAUAUUCCACGGGCGCGAAGCCCUUGUUCAAGACAUUGUCCAGCUCCUCAUCAAAGAGGAAUCCUCUCGUGUUUGCAUUCUAGGCCCAGGGGGAAUGGGAAAAACCUCAGUUUCCCUCGCAGUUGUCGAAUCACCGUGCAUCAAAGCCCACUUCUUUCCCGAACACCUUUUCUGGGUUCCCUGCAUCGAAGCAACAUCCGCGACCCUCCUCCUUGAGCUCUUAUACACCCAACUCCAAAUACCACGAACAAAGCAAAUGACGCUGUCAAAGAUCAUCUCCCAACUCGAUGCCUCCACACAACCCCGCCUCAUCCUACUUGAUAACUUCGAGACGCCAUGGAACGCGCCAGGCGGGGCGCAGAAGCUAGUCGGUGACAUCCUUCGACAGCUAGCAAUGCUGAAGCAUGUCUCCAUCCUCGUUACCAUGCGCGGAAGCCAAGCUCCCUGCGACCAGGCCAUCAUUUGGCAGUUGAGAGACAUCCAACCUCCCGACGAAGAGGCAUGCAUCCGUAUCUUCCAUGACAUCAACCCAGAUUCGGAGAACGACCCAGAUGUCAAGGUGUUGCUGGGCACUCUGGGACACAUGCCUUUCGCCGUCACCCUCAUGGCCAAUCUCAGCAAACAAGGGCAAUCGACGGCGAGGGAACUUUUGAACGCGUGGUCGAAGUUCGGGCCCGACAUCCUCCCUGGCCAGGAUGAACAGAGCAUGAACCGGAGUAUCAGCCUUUCCGUCUAUGGGUCCCUCGUCAAGCAAAAUCCAAACGCCAACCUCCUUCUCAAAGUUCUCUCAUUACUGCCAGCAGGGACGACAAAAGACAACCUCUCCUGGUGGGCGCCUACUCUUGAGGUAUCUAUGAUUCCCUCUGCCAUUGUCAGUCUAUCAGCCGCAGCACUACUGGUCAAGAAACCCCAUCAAUCCACCACCUCCCCCGUCCUCUUCGUACUUCCUGUUGUUCAAUCGUUCAUGCAGCAGCACAAUCGAAUCGAAGAGGAUCUCCGAGCACAGAUUUUCUCCUCUUUCUGCCAAUACGUCCUAGACAACGCAUGCCGUUACGACCCUCGAUUCCGUGUCAAUGCAAAGGAUCUCGCAGCUGAAGACACCAACAUCCAAUCCGUCCUUUUCAGCCGCUCACCCUCCUCCAAUCUUUCUGAAAAGACAACCGAAGCGUUCUUUGCCCUCAGCUGGCAUUACUGCGACACGCCGCCGAACCCAGAGAUUGCCAGCCGUACUGUAGAAGCAGCUAAAGUCUUCGGGGUAGAGAAAUACAUCGCAUCAGCGGUAUGGUGCCUAGGCAGGACGUACUACAACCUCGACAACAAACACGAUCUCGCCUAUGCCAACUUACAACAAGCCUAUCAGCUUUUCAACGCCCUUCCCCCUGAUAAUCUCACUCGACGACUUGGUGGCCAGUGCGGCAUCGACUUUGUCAACUGUGCCCGGCAUGUCGACGAGCAGAGCAAGAUUGUUGCUUUGGCUAGAGACGUAGAAGCGAGGAGUUCCACCCUCUCCGACAACCUCGUCCAUGCCCGGAGCCUCGUGUUUCUUGGGGUCGUUCUGGACAUGGCCGAGCGGUGGUCAGAGGCACUCCACUCCCUAAGCCAAGCCGAGAUCCUCUUGACAGUUUUGGAGAACGAUGCGAACCUCGCAUAUGCGUACCAAAUUACCGCCCGGGUGUAUUAUCACCGGCAUCAGCUCCAAGACGCGUUGGCGGCUGUUGAUGAAGCGUGGAAGUACGCAGAGUUGAGCGAUAGCUCGUAUAUCCAAGCAUUCAUCUCCCAGGAAUACGCCCGGAUUCUCUUCAGUGCUGAUAGAGACCGGGAAGCGUGGGCUCGCCUUGAGGUGUCGCUGAUGAUGGCGGCGCAAGUUGGGAAUUGGGGUUAG